AUGCACCUCAUGUUCCUUACCACUGCCAACAUUUACUUCUGCUCACUCUUGCAAGCCCAUGUCUGGCACUGGUGUGUGGAUAUCAUCUGCAAAAACCUAAAAAUCAUGGCCACAACUGGCACAAGCAUGGUGGACCCAUCCAGUCACUUACACUAUGCAUUCACCCCCCUUGUCGCACAUACUGCUGACCUCCCUGAACAGCAAAUGAUUGUGUGCAUCAGUGAGAAUGCAUCACCCAUUACUUUGGCCAUCCAGUCACAGUUUGGGGAUGGCAUAUUGUACCCUUCUCACCAUGGGAGUGUCAUAAUUGAACAGAUGACUGGGUGGGAGCAUCAGGAUAUUCAGCACAUGAUUGUUACCACAAUCACAGGCAUUGCUGACGUGCAUUUUAUUUGUGCAAUUCAUGUGCUUAUCGAUUUCAUCUAUCAAGCUCAAUCUCCAACCUUCAUUCCAUCAUCAAUCACUGCUAUGACUUCCUUGCUUGCAGAAUUUCACUGCUUCAAAGGAGCAAUCAUUGACACUGAAGCUCACAGGGGGACCUCCAGUCCUAUCAAGCACUUCAAAAUUCCCAAACUGGAGCUCCUCACUUCAUUCAUUCACACCAUCCCUAAUCUUGGUGCUCCAAUCCAAUUCACAUCUGAGACCAGUGAACACAUGCUGAUCACGCAUUGUAAGAGUCCUUUCAUGUGCACCAGUCACCAGCAUGCAAGCUUCACACAGCAAAUUGUCCACCUUUUGGAUUGGGAAGAUACAGCAUGCCAGUUUGACCUCUACACUCUCCUCUGUUUGAAAACAUUAUCCCUCAAUAACCUCAUUGGCAACAAAUUUGAGGAAGUUGUUGAUAUUGACCUGGUGUUUGGUUGGGUCAUGCAUGUCACUCCCAAGGAUGUCUCUCAUUUUCAUGGCCCCCAUCCUGUUUGCAAUCACUUCCUCAAGGGUCUGCUUUCCAAAGAUAGUACUGUGCUUCGCUCUUUUAUUGAGUGCAUCAAUGGGUCUGAGUCCCAGUUUCAGAACCAUCUCCUCAAGGUCUGGUACAAAUUCUGUCUGCAGUUACAUUCAGACCUGUACCCACAUCUUGUCAUGCCAAGUCAGCAAAUACAAGCAUAUCCACUGUCUGAAGCUUAUCCCCUCAGAAACUGUGAUAUCAUGCUCCUGCAGAUACAGAAUGAUGAACAAGUUGUGGUUGUGCAGGUUCAAAUGGUAUUCACCUUGUCAAUGAGGGGCUCCACACUGCCUCCCAAACUCGCUGAACCACUUCUUUAUGUGCAACUGUCAUAUCCUGAUGAUCCUGCAGUCAUGAUGUACCGUGUCAGGCGAUGGUUUGAGACUAGUCCUGAUGGAACACUAGCAAGGCUUGGAAUGAUUGUGCCUCUCAUUGAUGUUACUCAUGCUGUCAAGUUGAUUCCUGAAUAUGGUGAAAGGGUUAAUUGUGAUGUUACUUCUGCAACAUCCUUGGAGCUUUAUGAUACCUUCUACCUCAACAGUUUUUCAGACAAGGAGUGGUAUCAUUCAUUACAUGCAGAUUUUUGGUAG